AUGCUCACCUCGGUCGCACGGACAACGUCGACGAGGCAGCAGGCCAGCCUCACCAGGCUGCCAGCACGGCAGACCAUAUGCAAUUCUCUCCAGCAUCGACGCUACGCCAAGGCGGCCCAACAUGCUCCUGCGGCCAAAAGCUCUUCUCAGGGUGGAGAGCAGCAGCAAUGGCAGCGUAAGCAGCCUUUUGCGACGGCACAAACACUGACACUGUUCUCCGAGACGCCACAAGGUCUGCUCAUCGCCCUACGAUCCACAGUGCAGAGCAUGACUUCGAUGACGUCGAGAACAGGACCCGCACCCAAUGCCACCGCCUCGUCCAAAAAGGGUCAUCACGAUCAUGUAUUGCUGUAUGCUCUCAGCAAAGACCUGCCAUCACAGUAUCUGAGCGAAGCGGUAUCGAUUCUUCGUGGGCCUGACCCUGCAACGGACCCCGCAUCCCCGAGCAAAACGACGGACACCAAGGGGAUGACGGCAGCGCAGAUCGCUGCAGCAGAAGCAAAGGCUGCGGCUACACCUCAGUCUGGGACCGAUGCAGCGUCGAGAAUCGCACGAGUCGGCAUCCUCUCGUCACCGCUACCGUCCUCUCUGAUUCCAGCUAACGCCAUCGAAGCUGGUUCGCCUCCCAUCGCUACGCCUACGCUCUACUCUGCCGCACUGUCGCUUCUGCCAGGCACGAACGCGAUCCCGUUCAGGUCGACCAUCCCAGGCCGGGCCGAAGUCUCUGUGGGCCGAUGGAUGGACCGCAAGUCUUCGUGGCAGCAAGGCGCUGAACGUAGAGCCGACUUGCUCGACGACGGCAACGGCGCCUUGCCAGGAGGCACUCGGGACUGGCGCGACAUCUGGGGGCGUGAGAAUUUGGAAGGAAAGGUGCCCGAAGGCUUGGAGACGCUCGAUCCCAGCUCGGCCGCUUCGUUCGUGUUUUUCUCCGACACUUCAUCACACGGACUGAUCGAAGGCCUCGCGACGCAGUUCCCUGCCAGCUCCGUGCUCGGCCUCACUGCUCCACCGACGCCUUUCGAGACGGGACGAGACCAGACGUUGCUCAUUUCUCUCCCACAAGGUAGCUCCACAGGCGUACAGCCCCACAGCAGCAUUCACACCGACGGCGCAGUAGGUGUAGCGCUUGUGACCAGCAACGACGCUCGCCAUGCAGAUCGUCUUCCCAUCCCGAGCGUCCAGACUGCGUUCGAAGGUCUGCAGCCGUUUGGUCCUCGCCGCGAGAUCACUGCUGCGGAGGGCAACAUCAUUUCCAGCCUGGACGGCGCCAAUGCCGCACAGCAGUUCCUGAGGGACAUUCAGACCCGGGAGCAUCCGCCCGACCUCGACACAAGCGGCAAGGUGGAGAGCUCGAACGCACAGAAGGAGGCCGAGAAGAUGUCCGAGCAGCAAGCUCGACAGAUUGCGUCCAAGGUCAAGAAGGAGGAAGACUUCUUCAUCGCCGUCUACGCGGAGCCAGCUUCCGAGGGUCCAGCAGCUGCUCAGCCGCAGCCGCUUCUGCUGGCACAGAUCUUGUCGGGCCAUCCGUCGCGCGGCACACUGUCGAUCGAUACGCAGGUCGAACUGGGUCCUGGACCAGGCCAGCCCCAGGGCACGAUGAAGACGUAUGCUCAGUUCUACCAGAUCGACCCUGCCUUUGCAUCCCGCUCGAAACCGCACGGAGAUGAGGACAAGGCAGAGAUCAAGCUCGUUCGUCCAAGCGCGAUCGAGAUCCCGGGAGCUGAUCCCAGCGUGUGGCUCACGCCCAGAUUCCUGUUCCUCUCUCUGCCUGCCUCCAACGAGGACUUGCCCAAGUCGGAUCAGGUGCACCACGGCAAGCAGGGAGGCAAACAUCAGGUCAUGGCUUUGCCCAAUCUGUUUAUCGCUGCUUCUGAACGUGGGUGGAUCGCAGGGAGGGGUCAGAAGGCGCCGUUGACGCAAGCGCAGAUCUCGCAUCAGAAGGGCGAAGGGGAUAAAGUGACCCCCCUACUCGGUUUGCAGAAGGACGGAUCUUCCAUCACGACGUGCACGGUACCACUGGCGAAAGCGAUGCUGUCGUUGCGCGCAGGUUCGGCUGCAGAGCCCAAGUAA